CCUCAAAAGACGAUUUUAUCCUUUCACUCCUUCCCAUUUACAAUACCACUUACCUACUCUCUCUUUCAUCUCAAAAAGAAAUACAGCUUAGACUUUUCUCUCUCUAGAAGAACAAUUUUUCCUGUCCAGAUAGAAGAAAAGAAAAAAAAAAAGAAAACAAACAGGGGAAAAAAAAAAAAAAAAAAAACACCGCUCAUCUCUUACAUCAUGGACCCACUCCCACCUCAACCACCGUUCCCUCCGCUCCCCACCGCCACAAUAACCGCCGCAACUGUCCCUGUCUCCUUUCCUACCGACGCAUCAACCUUAACAACAACAGCAUCAAUCUUAACUCCAGCUACUGCAAUCACGGCUGAAGCAAACAACACCACCACCAACAACAACCACAUAGCACAUGCAGCAAACCCUACUCCGACGGCCACUCAGUCUUCCAACCAUCCAACUUAUACUGAUAUGAUCUAUGCAGCGAUUACAGCUUUAAAGGAACGAGACGGGUCAAGCAAAAGAGCAAUUUCCAAGUACAUAGAAAAAGCGUUUACGGGUCUUCCACCGACUCACCCAGCUUUGUUGACUCACCAUCUGAAGCGGUUGAAGAGUACUGGUCUCCUCGUCAUGGUUAAGAAAUCUUACAAGCUUCCUGGCGCUAGAUCUGAUUCCACCAAUGAUAACAGCAACAAUACUAGUGUUCCUACUCAAUCUCAGCCUCCUCCUCAUCCAGCCGUCUCUGCCUCUCCUCUGUCUGGGCCUAAACGGGGCCGUGGAAGGCCUCCUAAGCCCAAAUCUAAUUCUCAGCCACUUGGUUCUGUCCAGCCCAAUCAGCAGCCCAAUAGUAAUGGUACUGUAAAUGCUAAUUCUAAUACUAAUAGUCAGCCUAUUAUGGUUCCUGUAGGGCUUUCUUUUACCACUCAUUCCAAUGUUGCCCCUACUACUAAUUUUGUUCCUAUUCCGACUACUACUAAUCCGGCAAAUGUGGCCGCAUCGGCGCCACCUGCUGCAGCUCCAGCUGUUGCUCAACAGCAGCAGGUGGCGAUGGCUAAGAGAGGACCGGGGCGUCCUAAGAAAGUGGUAGGACAAAGUGUUGGCGGUGGUGGGGCGCCAGUGGGGGUGAUUGGAAAGCGGAGAGGAAGGCCGCCGAAGAGUAUAUCAAUUGGAGCUAAGAAGAGUCCAGGAAGACCUAAGAAACCUAAGUCUGUGGCUGCUAAUGGUGUUAAGAAAGGUCCUAAACGACUUCCUAAAUCAGUUGUCGUUCCUUACGCUACGGGUACUGCUGCUGUUCUCAAUGUACCAAGGCCUAGAGGCCGUCCAAAGAAGGGUGGGGUGUUAACCGCUCCUGCCGGGGGUGUGGUGGUUCCUGCAAGGCGGCCAGGCCGGCCGCCUAAAGUUGGUGGAAUCGUUAACCCGAAGAAGAGGCCUGGAAGGCCUGCUGGACGACCUAGGAAGGAGAAUGUAAAAGUGUCAUGGGCAUUAUCGGAAGCUUCUCAACCACAAGCAGAAGCAUAUGGAGAUCUUAAGAGGAAAUUUGAAUUUUUUCAAUCAAAAGUGAAGCAAGCUGUUGGGGUGCUAAAGCCUCAGUUAACCAGCGAAACAGCAGCUGGUGCAGUUGCAGCAAUCCAAGAGUUAGAAGGCCUUGCAUCAAUGGAUAUUAAUACGCCAUUGAGAGAGGAACCUCAAGCUCAACUGCCGCUUAUCCAGAAUUAGGAAAAAUGCAAGAGGAUCACCAAUUUAUUCGAGUGUUAAGGAGCUUCAUUGUCAGGAUCAAAAAAUUGUAAGAAGUUAUCUAACCAUGAUAGAUGAGCGACAAACUGAGCGUCUGUAAAGAGAAUCAAGUUCCGACUAAUUGUUGUUGAUGUGAAGAAGAGGAUGUAGUUUAAUAUUUAAACAAAUGUGGAUGACCAUGAAUUCUGUUUUGUUGUACUGAAUCCAUAGUUUCAUUACAUUUUGAGUACAUUCGUACCAAAUUUGAUUUGCUUGGACAUGAGUAGUAACUCGUGCCUCCAUUUGUUAAAGAUUGGUCACUAGGCAGAAGGCUGUUGAUGUAGUUGCAGAAAAAGCUAGCUGACCAUAGUGCCCUCUGAAGAAUUGAACUUAAUAUGCUUUUGGUAGAAGUUUAUGAUGCUAAUGUUAGAACUGUGUUCUUUAGCA